AUGAGAGGGAAGCGAUUCUCGAAAUUUUGCCCAGGUCACUGUUCUUCAGAAUCCUCACCAUUGGAUGAAGGGAGCUCUGAAGUAAUUACAGUAAUGUCAAAUAGUGGCAAUCCAAUAAUUGCUUUACUAUCACUUGAAAAACUUAAUGGAGAUAAUUUUAUGAGAUUAAAAUCAAACCUAAAUCUUAUGUUAGUCAGUGAGAACCACAAAUUUAUCCUGACUGAGGAAUGUCCUAAAGAGCCUGCAGCCACUGCCCCUAAAAAUGUUCAGGACAAGUAUGAUGCUUGGAUUCAAUUCAAUAAUAAGGCAAAGUGUUACAUGCUUGUGAGCAUGAAUGAUGUUCUGAGAAGAAAGCAUGAAACCUUGGAAAUUGUGUUUGAUUUAAUGGAUUCUCUACAAGCCAUGUUUGGACAGCAAUCUGAUCAAAAUAAAGAUAGUCAAAAAUUGACAUAUGGGUCAGUGUUCACUCUUGGUGGAGGAGUUGUUGUCUUGAGAAGCAUUAAGCCAUCCAGCAUAGCUAAUUCAACCAUGGAAACCGAACACAUAGGGGCUUGUGAAGCAGAUAAAGAAGAGGUUUGGUUGAGGAAGUUCUACACUGAUUAG